UUCUUUGAAGACUCCCUGAGAACAAAGGACUUGGUGAAGGGAGGAGGACACAUGUGGGUGAGAUGGCAACAAUAGGGACACUGCCACCAUUUGAUCGCAAUAUGCAAACUUGGGAGGAAUACUGUGAAAUUAUGGAACACUUUUUUAUUGCAAAUGAUGUUGAUGAUGAAGAUAAAAAGAAAUCCAGAUUGCUCAGUGUGGUGGGGGCACAAACCUACAGUUUGAUGAGAAACCUCCUAAGUCCUGCAAAACCUGGAGAAAAGACUUUUGCACAGUUGGAAGCAUUACUGAAAAAACACUUUAAUCCCAAGCCAAGUGAAAUCGUCCAGAGAUUUAAAUUUGAUUCACGUAUGAGAAAACCCACAGAAUCUGUUGCUGAAUAUAUGGCUGAAAUAAGAAAACUAUCCCAGGACUGUAAUUACGGAGAGACAUUAUCACAAAUGUUACUGGACAGGCUGGUGUGUGGGAUAAAUGAUGACAGAAUCCAGAGAAGAUUACUAUCAGAGACUGCUCUCACAUUUGAAAGUGCCUUGUCUCUAGCCCAAGGUAUGGAAUCUGCAAAUAAAAAUGUGCAGGAUUUGCAAAUGAAAGUGGGAGCUAUGUCAUGUAAUGCAAUGAAAAGUGGUGAAUCAAAGAGCUAUGGAAAGGUACAAAUUGACAAAGAGUGUUACCGCUGCAAGGGGAAACAUGCACCCACAGACUGUCGUUUCAAAAAGGAAAAAUGUCAUGCAUGUGGAAUGAUUGGACACAUAGCACGAGCAUGUCGCAAUAAGAAAAAGGACAAUGCAGAAAAGUGGACUGACAGAAGGCCAAGAGAAGGAAGAGGAAGGCGCUUCAAGCAAGAGCGCAAUGUACACUAUUGUUCAUCCAGAGUGGCAGAGGAGAGUGAUAAGGAUCAACCGCUUUCUCUGUACCAUGUCCAGGGCGAGGAUGGAGAGGAGAGGGAGCCACCCUAUAAGGUUUGCAUGGACCUAAAUGGGGAACCAGUAGAAGUUUGUAGUUUGAAGUAGA